AUGCAACAGCGACGGGAACCGAAAUACUCAAAAACUUAGUGCUGCCAGGUAUUGGUUCAUUUACAAUUGUUGAUGGGAGUCGGGUCUCUGGAGAAGAUGUUGGAAAUAAGUAGUUUCUUCCUACAGAAAAGCCAUAUUGGUCAGAAUCGUGCCCAAAGUGCCACUGAGCUCCUGCAAGAAUUGAAUAGUGACGUUUCUGGAAACUUUGUCGAAGAGAGUCCAGAAAAACUUCUAGACAGUGACCCUUCCUUUUUUAAUCGUUUUAACGUGGUGGUUGCAACACAACUACCAGAAAGUACGUUGCUGCGCUUGGCUGAACUUCUCUGGAGUUCUAACAUUCCUCUGCUGGUCUGCAGGACUUAUGGAUUGGUUGGUUAUAUGAGAGUCAUUAUUAAAGAACAUACAGUUGUUGAAUCUCAUCCUGACAAUACAUUAGAAGAUCUGAGACUGGACAAACCAUUUCCAGAGCUGAGGGAGCACAUUCAGUCUUAUGACUUGGAUCAUAUGGACAAAAAGGACCAUAGCCACACUCCAUGGAUUGUGAUUGUAGCCAAGUAUCUAACAAAAUGGUUCAACGAGAAAAGUGAUCAGUUGCCUAAGAGUUACAAAGAAAAAGAAGCCUUCAGACAACUGAUUCGGCAAGGUAUCUUAAAAAAUGAAAAUGGGACCCCAGAAGAUGAGGAAAACUUUGAAGAAGCUAUAAAAAAUGUGAACACAGCAUUAAAUACCACAGAGAUUCCAAGAUGCAUUGAAGAGAUUUUUAACGAUGAUUGCUGCAUAAAUCUCACAGAGCAGUCACCCUCCUUCUGGAUUUUGGCUCGAGCUGUAAAGGAAUUUGUGGCAAAUGAGGGGCAAGGAAGCUUGCCUGUCCGUGGCACUAUUCCUGAUAUGAUAGCAGACUCCAAUAAAUUUAUCAAAUUGCAAAAUGUAUACCGUGAAAAAGCAAAGAAGGAUAUUGCUGCUGUGGGUAACCAUGCUGCUAAAUUGUUACAGUCCCUAGGCAAGGCACCCGAAUCUAUUUCGGAGAGAGAACUAAAAUUGCUUUGCAGCAACUCAGCUUUUCUCCGAGUAGUCCGAUGUAGAUCUCUGUCUGAAGAAUACGGUUUAAACACCUUUAACAAGGACGAAAUCAUUUCCCAUAUGGAUAACCCAGAGAGUGAACUAGUGCUGUACUUGAUGCUGCGGGCUGUAGAUAGAUUUUAUAAGCAGCAUGGUAGAUACCCAGGUGUCUACAACUAUCAGGUAGAAGAUGAUAUUGGAAAACUAAAAUCAUGCCUUAGUGGUUUCUUACAAGAACAUGGGUUGUCUGUAGUGGUGAAAGAUGACUAUGUUCAUGAGUUUUGUCGCUACGGAGCUGCUGAGCCACAUGCUAUUGCUGCCUUCAUGGGAGGAGCUGCUGCACAGGAGGUUAUCAAAGUCAUUACAGGGCAGUUUGUCAUUUUUAAUAACACUUAUAUUUACAGUGGAAUGUCACAGACUUCAGCGACUUUCCAGCUGUAG